AUGGCAGACAGAGAGAACAACUAUCAGCCACCGAAACGCGGUCGCCCACCAGGCAGGAAUCGCCAAGCAUUUAAUAAGGAGCAGAAACGCGCGCGCAAUGCAGAGCUUGAGCGGGUGCGGCGCGGCGGUAUCGCGACAGCCACGACCGAUCUCUCCAGCGAAAUGCAGAUGAAGGAAAAAGUAAAGCUUGCACAUCUAUUGGCGGCAACUCUCACGCAUUUCAUUCGUGAACGGGAAAAAGAACCCGUUAGUGAAAUACAAGCCACGAACGAUGCCUUGGAAGCAGAAAUCAAAGAAUUAGAACGGCAGCGGGCAAUUUUACUGGCCGCUACCGAAGAGGAGGAGUGCGAGGGAGAGGAGCCGUCGCAUAGCGCGGAAAUUCUAAACCUAGAAGCGGCAACAAGCUCGCAGUUUGCUAUAAGAGAUAGUUUCUCCUGUGAGGAGAAUCUGCUGGAGCAGGAAGCCUCAACAAGCUUGCAGCCUGCUAAACGUGCGAGGUUUUCCUCUGAGGAGAAUCUGCUGGAGCAGGAAGCCACAACAAGCUUGCAGCCUGCUAAACGUGCGAGGCUAUCCUCUGACGAGAAUCUGCUGGACCAGGAAGCCACAACAAGCUUGCAGUCUGCUAAACGUGCGAGGCUUUCCUCAGAGCAGCAGUCUGCGUCGGAAGAGGAGCUAUUGUUAGUUCUCUCGCCAAUAGCUCAGUCGUCGCCCGAGACCGAACCCGAGGCCAGCCCGCCAUACCAGCCACCUGCCGCUGGCGCUGGAGAAAUGGAUUCUUUACUGUCGCCAGAACAGCUGAGGCAGUUAGAAGCACUCCUAGAUAUGGUACCUGAUGACGAGAUUCCGUCGUGGCCCCAAGAUUGCCUCAACUUCCUUCUGCAGCCGUGA